UCCAUCAUCAUGAGCGGCCAAGUCGAGCUUACCGUCCAGUCUGAGAAGGCGUACCAGAAGCAGCCCAUCUUCCUCAACGCCAAGGCCCUCCGCAAGGCCACCCGCGAGAGGCGUUGGUACAAGGAUGUCGGUCUCGGCAUCAAGACCCCCUCUGCUGCCAUCAACGGCAACUACGUCGACAAGAAGUGCCCCUGGACCGGAAACGUUGCCAUCCGUGGUCGUAUCUUGACGGGAAGGGUUAUCUCGACGAAGAUGACUCGUACCAUUGUGAUCCGCCGAGAGUACCUGCACUUUGUGCCGAAGUACAACCGUUACGAGCGCCGCCACAAGAACCUCGUCGCCCACUGCUCGCCGGCUUUCCGUGUUUCCGUUGGAGAUGAGGUCACUGUUGGCCAAUGCCGUCCCCUCUCCAAGACGAUCCGCUUCAACGUCAUUGACCACCAGGUCAACAAGCGUGCCGAGAAGGCCGCUAAGCAGUUCGGUCGCUUCUAGAUUGGCGGACCACCGUAGCGGAUGACGGCGUCAUUCCAAUGGCGGGGCGUGGUAGCCACUGAGCGCAUGAGGGGCACGCCAACCCCUCUUCAUCGCCUCAGCGUUGAGGUCUCGCCUCGGCCACGUCAGCUUUGUAUUUUCUUCAUCUCUCACUCAAUCUCAGCGACCAUCGACUACC